CGCUAAAAUAACCCAAUUCAGGGCCCUGGUACCACCCCCUCGGGUCCCGAACCAUCGACGUCACAGCCGAAUCAACCUACCACGCCUCGGGGUACACCACUCACUUACAGCACAUGGCGUCCCGAGUAUCACAUUGCAUCCUCCCAAGUCUUCGCAAGCACUUUCUCGUUUUCUCAUCUUUAAGACUCUCUGUUUUCCACAGUACAAUAUAUCCACCCCACCACCGCCGCCACACACAACAAACAAUGUCCCCCUCCCCUCCCUCGCUUCAAAUCCUCACCCCUACCCCCCCACCAUCUACCCCAAAGCCAAAAACCCUCUUCAUCCUUGACUCCUCCUUCAACCCCCCCACAGUCGCACACCUGCACCUCGCGCGCUCAGCGCUUUUCUCUCGGGAUGAGGAGAGGUACCCGCAUCCACGGCGGGUGUUACUGUUAUUGGCGACGAAGAACGCCGAUAAACCCGAUGUCGAAGCAGGGCGGGAGAAUAGAGUGACGAUGAUGCGGGUGUUGGCUGGAGAUGUGGUGGGGUACCGGGGCGCGGGGAAAGGGAAGGAAGGAGGGGAAGAAAAAGAUAGGGAGGGUGUCGACAUAGCCCUCACGCCCCACGCCCUCUUCAUCGACAAAGCGCGCGUUAUCGCAGAGGAAUCGACAUAUUCCGGCGCGAAGAAAGUUUUCAUCCUCGGUUUCGACACGCUCAAACGGCUACUGGAGGUGCGGUACUACGACCCCCCCAGUCUAUCGGGGUUGGGGCCACUGUUUCAGGGGGGUGUGAGGGUGCAUUUGCGCGCUGGUGGUGAGGAAGAGGAGGGGGAGCAGAGGAGGUGGAUUGAGAGUCUUGGGGGAGAGGGGGGAGAGAUGGAGAGGAAUGGGGGGAGGAGGGAAUGGGUGCGGGGGAUGGAGGUGGUGGAAGCCCAAGAGGGGGAGGUAAGUUCGAGUGAGGUUAGGAGGAGGGUUAAGGCGGGGGAGGGGGUGGAGGGGUUGGUUACGGAGGGAAUAGAGGAGGUUAUUGAGAGGAAAGGGUUGUAUAGGGCGUAGAAGAGGAGGUUGAGAUAUGAGGGUUGUAUAAAGAAGGUUUAUAGGAGGAGAGAGGGGAAGGAGUAAGAGAGAGUUACGAGAGAGGAGUACAUGAGAAGGGAGGGAGUUACUGUAUAUAAGAGGAAGGAGCCCGUAGACGAGCGACUGAUAUAUGAGAAGGGCCUGGCAGAUAAUCAAUAGUGAGGC